UGUGUGUCUGUAUGUGUCUGUGUAUGUGUAAGUGUCCUGACGUGUACAGUACACGCUGUUGGUGUGUCUGCUGUGCACAGCCAUGGCUCCGCGCGCCGCUUGCCUUCUGUCCCUCCUCCUCAUUGCAUCAGCUAGAGUCAUCUUGGUGGAUGCGAUAUGCGUACCUGUAGAAACCAGUUAUUGUGGUGAUGACCCAGCCAUAUUAUGUAGAGAUUGUGAAGGAAUGGACAAAGUGCCGAACCCUUUAGACUGCAGCACUUACUACAUGUGCAAAGGUCCCGGCGUGUUCUUAUUCGAUGACCCCCUCCCCUGCCCGGACGGUCAGAUAUUCAACAUGAUUGAUUCAGAGUGCUCACCAGAUGCCGAAUGCCAGUUUUCUUGCGGCUCCACAAACGAAGGUGGUUGUUUUUAUACCUGUGAUAAUGAUAAGGAUGGAAUGAUAGCUGAUCCAUUUGACUGCAGCGUGUACCACCAGUGUACUGGUACAUCGGGUACAGACCCUGGGCCGGCUCAGACGUGUCCCGCUGAUGAACCGUAUUUUGAUGGUAAGGAAUGUGUGGCGGAUGAGUCUGCUUGCUGCCACUGCCGCCCCUACUGCUACGAAGGAGACAUUGGCAAGAAGGUAGAGGACCCCACAGACUGCCGGAAGUUCUUCUUCUGCUUAGAGAAUCAUGUAAUGCCGACAAUCCCUGGUGAGUGUAGAGAUGGUGAGCACUUUGACAUGCACGCAGGAGAGUGUAGCAGCACGGCGCCGUGCAUGACGCUGUGCAGGAACGUGGUGGACGAGAACGGCUGCAUCGACCCGUACACGUGCCAGGAGACAGGCUUCUUCCCCAAAUGCAAGACACAGUGCCUGAGGGAAUACUACCACUGUGUGGAGGUCACUGAUGACUAUGCCCCGACGGAGACGUGCUCCGAUGACCUUGUCUUCAACCCUGACACUCUGCAGUGCACCAGGAGUGAGUCGUGUCCGUACAGCCACCAGUACGUGCCUCUUGACCCUGUACCCGCCUAGCUGCUGCGCCACCUGCCUCAAUAAACAGUGUUUCACUC